AUGAGGUCUGCAUUGACUGCCGGUCUCGUGGCUUCUGCCUGGGUCGUUCAGCAGGCUGUCGCAACAAGCUGGAACGACUCUCCAGGCUUCCCCAGCGUCUCGAACACUGACAACAACUGCACCCCUGAUCAACAGCACGGCUUUGACUGGUCCGAUCUUCCAACAGGAGGGUUCAACAGCUAUGGUGGAUUUGGCUUCGGAGGGUUUUCGUGCCAGGAUUCUUUCAAGGCAGACGGCAAAAAGAGAUCUCUCCAGACCCGUACCAACUUUCAGUCGAAGUGCAUCCAAGGCAAAGUGGGCAAAUCCGCGAGCAGUGGUCCUAGCUUCUCGUGUGGCCAGGAGGAGAAGUUCUCCAUUUCGCACAUGGAUGUCUCUGUCUCCUUCGACACCGAGAUAGACUUCAUCUUCGGCAUGCCUGAUGGCUCGAGCUGCAAACAUACCGCGUCCUGCAGCGCCAAGGGCACGACCGUGGAGAACACCCAGUGCGGUGGUGCUCGCUCGGUGACUUUUCAAAUGCCUCCCAGCAGCAACAAGGAUGGCUGCGACAUUGGUAUCCAUUCCAUUGGCUUUGACUGCAACUCUCCACCCCCAUCUUCGUCGACGACUACACCCCCAGCCACUUCCACGACGAAGCCGGUGACAACAACCACAAAGCCUCAGACCACAACUACCACGCCGAAGUCUGAAACGACGACCACGACACCAAAGACCGAGACCACGACCACCACGCCCAAGGUCGAGACCACGACCACCACGCCCAAGGUCGAGACGACAACCACGACGCCCAAGGUCGAGACGACAACCACGACGCCCAAGACGACAACUACGACGCCCAAGGUUGAAACCACAACCACCACAUCCAAGGCCGACACCACCUCUACAACCAAAAGCAGUCCUGUCACAACCAAUAGCCCUACCACUACAACUUCUCCGGUACCUCAGACUACCACAACCAAACCUGUUGAGACUAGCACUGGAACGACGACGAGCCAGACAACUACCGAUGCAUUGUGCAAAGAAAAAGACUGCACUCGUCCUCCUCCCUCGACCUUGUCGACGGCCACUCUCCCACCAGUCACUCCCCCUACCUCAUCCUCUACAACUUCACCAGCCGGUCCUCCGCCGUCGCAGCCAACGUCGCCGUGCCCACCUCUACUCCCAUCGUGCCUGAACACCUGGCUGAGCAUCCUCCCCUCGUGCAAGUCCAACUCGGACACCAAAUGUUUCUGCCCGUCCCCCAAAUUCAUCGCCAGUGUUCAGUCCUGCGUCUCCGCGUGGGGUUCUUCCAACGAUGAGAUCACCGCCGCACUAAGCUACCUCGCCGGCAUCUGCGCGGACUUCGUGCCCCAGAACCCUGGCAUCUGCACUGGUGUGCCCUCAACCAUUACAUUGGUGCCUGCGCCCCCAACCACUGAGACCCAAGUGAGCACCGUCACCGCAACAGGCACAGUCACAGAGACGGCAACCAUCACCAACGGUGCAGGCCGGGGACCCAGACCCAACAUUCCGGGCUCGAGCAACGGUAUCGCCCCGCCUGCCCCAACACCUCCUGUCGCCAUCCCCGUGACGACCGUGACCUUCACGAAGACCCUGAGCGGCAGCACAUUCACCGCUACCGUUACAGUCCCGCAGGUCACGUUCGCCACCGUGGCACCCACUGCUCCUGGUGGGGGCAACGCUGGCCCAACACCUGAAAUCGGCCUGGUGCCUUGGCCUACAGCCACUCCGACGGGUGGAUCCAGCUCCUCUGGCUCUGGCAGCGGCAGCGGCAGCGGCACUGGCAACGGUUCAGGUUCAAGCUCAGGUAACGGCAGCGGUUCCUCGUCCGGUGGAUCUGGAUCUGGUGGAUUCGGCGGCAGUGGCAGCGGCAAUGGCACCAACGGCGGUGCGGCCCAAGGUGGUGCCUCUGCGUCGGCAUGGCCAUCGGCAACCACCGCCGCCGUCGCUGCCACGAGCUUCGCGCCCGCCGCCACCGGCACAGGCACAAGCACGGGCGUCAGCCCCGCCACCUUCACCGGCGCGGCGAGCAGACAGAGCGUCGCGUGGGGUGUCGUUGCCGGCGUGGUUGCCGGUGUUGCGUUUAUGGUUUGA